AUGGAUUACGACGUGAUUGCCAACCAGCCAGUCGUAAUCGACAAUGGCUCGGGAAUCAUCAAAGCCGGAUUCGCCGGCGAACAAGAACCAAAGGUACUUUUUGAUGUGAUGAUUAAUUUUAUUUUUUAUGUUUAUUUAAGAUUUGCUUUUCAAACUUGGUCGGACGGCCGAAACACACCCGUGUGAUGGCUGGCGGUCUUGAAGGCGAUAUUUUUAUUGGUAAAAUUGAUUUCGAAAAUUUCUGCAAAUAAUUUUAUUAAGGAAAGAAAGCAGAAGAGAAUCGCGGUUUGCUCCUUCUCGAUUACCCAAUGGAACAUGGAAUCGUGAACAAUUGGAACGACAUGGAGAAGAUUUGGGAGUACAUCUACAGUUCUGAACAGUUGCACGUAAUAUUUUCCGCGACAAGAAAGUUAUAGUUCUAUCGAGAUUCAGAUUUUCCCCGAAGAACAUCCUGUUCUACUGACUGAGGCUCCUCUGAACCCCCUCAAGCACAAGGAAAAGGUCAGUUGAUCCAAAUUUGUAGUUAUAAAUAUUUCCUUGUAGGCUGCGGAAAUCUUCUUCGAAACUUUCAACGUUCCGGCCCUGUAUAUUCAAAUGCAAGCAGUGCUAUCCUUAUAUGCGACAGGUUUUUUGAAAGUAUUUGAUUUUUUUAAGGGGAUUUUUUUAGGGAGAACGACGGGAGUAGUUUUGGACUCUGGCGAUGGGGUGACUCAUGUCGUUCCUAUCGUAAAAGGUUUCGCCAUGAAACACGCGUUAGUUUUUUUCUAUUUUUGCAAUAAGAAAUUUUUGAGUUAUGAUUAAAUUAUAUAUAUUUUAUGCAACUUCAAAUCUUUAACUGGGCAUGGAAGAAAAAGUUUUUUUAAAGAGCAUUUUUUUAAACGGCUAUUUCGCGUUUUUUUUUUUAACUCCUAAUUUCUAGCUUUUCUGUAAGUUCGCAGAGUCUAGAAAUCAGUUCUUCAAAAAAGCUUUUGAAAAGAGGCUAAAAAGGAGCAAAGUAGCCGCUGGAAAUAUCUUAUUUGGGACAUUUUUGCGGUCCAUUUACACGGCAAAGUCCAAACGGCCUCAAAAGGCCUUGAAAGAAAAGGCUAGAGCUCUUUUUUCAGUUUUUAAAAAAGUGUAAAGUUUCUCGGAGUCUCCUCUUUUUUCCGCCUCAUACUAAUUUUUCUGCUAAAAAAGCCCAUAGAAAAAGUCCUGUGAGGCCUUUAUUCCAAAGGUUCUUGUUAGGUCCUUCUGCAUUUUGCCUUUGUUUUUGUAUCUAAAGAAGAUCUUUUCCCAUUGUCUAUGAUAAUUAGCCUAGUUAUUUUAAGAAAAACCUCAACCAACUUCUGAAAAGCUUGAAUUACAGUAUCGAGCGAAUGGACGUUGCCGGUCGCGAUGUGACGCGUUGGCUUCGGAUCCUUCUGCGCAAAGAAGGCUGCAAUUUGCAUCAGAGCAACGAGUUCGAAAUCGUCCGCGAGAUCAAGGAGGAGAUGUGCUACAUUACCAACAACCCGACCAAGGAGGAGAGCAACGCCACUGAGGUAUUUUGGAAAACAAGCGUGCUUUAAACUUGAAACUUUCGAAUAUACAUCUUUUUUAAGGGCUGUCGCUAAUCUCCCAAAUCUUCCUGAAUUAAAAUCUGUAUCUUUUAAAAAAUAAUUUUUAUUUUUGCUCAACACUACCGCCUUUAUAACUAAUUUAAAAACCUUUUUAGUUUUUUUGUAAGCCAACUCUCCUCAUAAAUUAUUUCCCACAACUUUCAGGCCGCCUACCGAUUGCCCGACAACUCUAAAAUCGACCUAGGAAAUUGUCGUUUCCGGGCGCCUGAAAUCCUUUUCCGGCCGGAUUUGAUCGGCUCCGAGUAUCAAGGAGUCGCGCACCUGGUCAACAAUUCCAUUAUGGUGAGUAAGGGUUCGAAAAUAUUUUCCAACCGGUUCAAAUCGUUCAGAAGCCUUUUGUUCAACUUACAAUUAUCGAUAAUCCAACCAAAUCUGUGAAAAAAUAUCUUUAAAGCUUUAUAAAGUUCCUUUUUUGACGAGAUCAACUGCCUUUUUGGAACAACUACGUCCUUGCUUGAAUGGAAAUCAUCGAAAUUAUCAUGAAUCUUUUUAAAUUUUCAAAAGUCCAGAAAUGCGACGUCGACCUCCGACAAACACUCUACAAGAAUAUUGUGUUGAGCGGCGGCACAACUUUGUUCAAAGGAUUCGGCGACCGGCUACUUUCUGAGGUUUUUGACCAGUUUUCCUUCACAAAAUAACAUUUCCUUCGGUUUUCAGGUUAAAAAACUCUCACCGCCCGACGGCAAAAUCCGUAUCUCCGCCCCACAAGUGAGAUUAUUUUGUUACGAAACGUUUGAAAGUAUUUUUCAAGAGUUAAUUUUAGAGCGCUUUGAAUAUUACGUACUUUGAAAGAUUCAAUGGCAUGUUCAAAGCAAUUUUCGAAAAAUGUAAUUUUUUUAUCUGACUCUACAAAACUUAGUUUUUUUCCCACUCUCUGACGGUUAUUUUGAAUUUCGCGGAAUCUUUUCGAACACGUUCGAAUCUGUUAAAGUAGAGAGCACUGGUAAACGAGAGUUUAGAGAGAAAAAGGCAGUUUCAAAAUUUUUCAAAAAAAAUGUUGCUCUGAUAAUAAUGAUCGAGUUGUAAUUAAAUAUGUUUAAAAAUUUCAGUGUGUCAAUAAAAAAAUAUAUGAUUUUAGGAACGACGAAUGUCCACCUGGAUCGGCGGUUCAAUCGUGGCGAGUUUGGACACUUUCCGCAAAAUUUGGCUGGGCAAAAAAGAAUACGAAGACGCUGGAAUUCAAGCCAUUCACCGACGGUUUUUCUGAGCAAAUCAUUUCAAAAAUAUAUUUAUUUUCCCGAUUUUUGUUCCUUCUGUGUAGAUAUGCAUAAUUGGCAUUAUGUAUUUUAUAUUUCUGUUAUCUAAUCAAUUUCUUUUUUUUUCGAAUUGUGCUCAAUCGAACUUUUUAGGUAGGCAAAUAUUAUUUUCUUAUCCAGUUCUUCUUUUGUCUGCGACAGGUGAUUUUCAUUCAUUCAAUCAUUUCUUUUUCAAUGUUUCAUUUGUUGAGCUUCACUUCACGUUCGGUUUAACCAAUUGCGGCGCGUGUAAGCAUUGUCGGCUUUUAACCUUUCUUGAUUCGCUUUAUGUCCUUUUUUUGUGCCCUUAAUGACUUUUUUCCCUUAUUUAUUUCACACGAAUAAAUUUAUUUAUUAAAAAAACUUUUCCACUCAAAAAAUCAACUCUAGAAGGGUAUUUUCAAUUGACUUUCGCUUGAAAACCGGUUCAUAGGUAAUUGAUAACAGCUAGUUACCUGAGUUUUUUUGAUAGUUUCUUCUCUUUUCUUCUCGACAUGAGGUCGUUUCUGAUUCUUUUAGCUGUUUUUGGUAUUGUCGUAUCGAAAAAGUGAGUUAUGCUUGGAGAUUCUUUUGGAUAUAUUUUGUAGGACUGACGAUUCUGAAGAUAUCCUGCUCGACAUGGCCGCAGCUAAAGACGUUUUCGGAGGCUCCCUACGUGAUGGGGUGAGAAAUAUUCCAAAUAGUCUUUUCCCAACUCACCUAGAAAUCGUCUAAUACUCCUUUCUUCUGAUUCCGCAGAAGUUAUUUUUUCUUCUGAAACGUGUAGUUGAUCUUAAUAACUCUAAGGAGAACGUGAGAAAUUAAUCUUGCUAGCUGAUCUAGGCCCAUUUUCAAAGUUCUGAAUUUCAUUAUGGGUUCUGCAACGAAUUCAACUCGCUUCUAAAAAUCCAAAGCUCUAGGAGACGUCCUCUUCAUCGACACAAAGGUCAAUGACGUCAGAAGAUGACUUCGAAGACGAGACGACGACGUCUUCCGAACCUUCUGCCCCAAGUCCGCCGCCUCCUGAAGCCUUCACCCAGCCGCCGACGUCUUCUGACUCGGCCGAGCCUUGGGACUGGCCAAGAGAGGCGCCACGAGCACGGGGUCUCGUCGGAAUCCCAGAUGGCUGGAACCUCGACAAACAAGUUGACGUCACUUUUCGCAGCAAAGUCCGCGGUCCUUCAGGUGAGUUUUUUUUUUGUGAUGGAAGAAAAUCUCGGCAUGCUUUUUAAGUGUGAAUAUUUCAUUCAUGGCUGGGGCUUAAAGGCUGCACAGCAGUGGCUUGAAAAUGCGCCCGACCUGAAGCGACUUGCGCGAAAAGCUUCAGAAGAAGUUCAAAACCGGCUAAUGACUCCUGCCGCAACGCUCUCAUGCAUUUCCCAUAAACAGAAUAAUCAAUUGAGUAUAAAAUCACGGAACCAAAAAUGUAAUACGUCUUCAAAUUUCUUCCCAUUUACAGACGACUUCCGCCGCCGGUUCGCCUUCUUCACCUGAGCCUCUUCCUUCUUUCCACAUUGUACAUUAAAAACUCCUGUUUUUUUCUUCUUUUCUUUCAAAGAUAAAACCAGACUAUCUGACUUUAUUGAGCUCUAAAAUGUGGGAGUUCAGAGCGACAUAAAAGUUCACAGUCAACCAUGUCAAGUGGAUUUUUGUUUGUUCUAAAAUGAACUUUUGGAACGUCUUGCUGCUGCUUUCGGUUGUGCUGUUGGCUGUUACAGCUCAGGAGCAAGGCGGAGGCGAAGGCGGAGGCGGAGGUGCUGCCGGCGGAGCCUCAGGUGGAGCCUCAGGUGGAGCCUCAGGUGGAGACUCAGGUGGAGCUGCAGCCGGAGGCGAAGGUGGCGGAGGUAACAAAGGACUGGAAGCGAUCAGUGGAAUGUGAGUUUAAACUUAUUUUCAUUCUAGCUAAGAAUAUGGCCAGAAGACUAUUUGGAAGGCUGUUAUCUGAAGAAUUAAGCUGAAAACUUUUAGAUCUUGAAAAAUGGCUUAUCCUCAACUACACUUCUUUUGUUCGGACUUUAAAAACUCUGGUCCCGUUUAGAAUGGAUAAAAGCGUUUCGGUUUGAGUUGAAACUUGUAAUAUUUUCCGAGCUUUUCAAUCCAUAUCGCUGUUAUUAUCGCUCAAACUCCUAAUAACCGCUUCGCGGCCGUUACGCACCGAGACUUUCUCCUUGCGACUAAGUUUAGGCGAUCUCAACCGCUCCAAUUUCUCACAACAACUUAGAGAAUUACAGAGCCGGUACAGUGUUCUCAUCGCUCGGCAGCUUGUUCGGAUCCCUCGGAGGAGGAGGAGGAGGAGGAGCAUGA